GUCUCAUCUUGUCUUCACAUGCCAGCUGGGUCUUGUUUCCAUACCUACAUAUCCUCGUUUAUAUUUAAUUGCUGUCAAGACCCUCACUCCUGUGCCCGUUCAGGACAACAGAGGCCGAGACAAAAGGUACUCACACACAUCUUCACUCAGCAGUCUUGAGCAUCAUGGUCGCCAUCAGCAAGCGUCCAUCCCUGACCGUCGUUGACAACCGGACGGGAAAGACAUACGAGGUCCCCAUCAAGAACAACUCCAUACUCGCGACCGACUUCAAGAACAUCAAGGCCAAGCCGGACGGCAACAGGGCAGAAGAUGAGACCGAGCAGGGACUCCGUGUCUAUGACCCGGCUUACAUGAACACAGCUGUCGUCCAGAGCAAGAUCACAUAUAUCAAUGGCCUAGACGGCAUUCUCAGAUACCGGGGCUACCCCAUCCAACAGCUCGUUGACAAGAGCAACUUCCUCGAGACUGCAUUUCUGCUUCUAUACGGGGAGCUGCCGACGACCUCUCAAGCCCGGAGCUGGCAGAACGAAGUCAUGCACCACACCUUCGUCCACACCGACAUCGAGGACAUGUUCAAGUCGUUCCGGUACGACUCACACCCCAUGGCUAUGAUGACAUCCGCGUUUGCAACCCUCGGAGCCUUCGCCCCCGAGUCGAACCCCUCCUUGGCUGGCCAGAAGCUGUUCACAAAGGCGGCAUCUGGGGACAUUGAGUCACUGAAGUUGCUCGACAAGCAGAUCCUAAGGAUCAUCGGCAAGGCACCAACACUAGCAGCUGCCUCGUACAGGAUGCGACAAGGCCGGCCUUUCAACAGGCCUGCUCACGGCUUGUCAUACACCGGCAACUUCCUGUAUAUGCUCGACAAUCUCUCAGGCAGCGAAUACCAGCCUCACCCCGUUCUGGAGAAGGCACUCGAUGCACUGUUCAUCAUCCACGCCGACCACGAGGUGAACUGUUCCACGGCGACUGUCUUGCAAGUUGGGAGUUCUUUGGUCGACCCCUACUCGGUAGUCGCCGCCGGAUGCGCCGCAUUGUAUGGACCGUCUCAUGGAGGUGCUUCAGAGAGCGCUAUCCGCAUGCUGAUGGAGAUUGGUUCCCCCGAGAAUGUCCCAGCGUUUAUGGAGAAGGUCGAGAAGCGCGAGCGUGUGUUGGUUGGCUUUGGUCAUAGGGUCUACAAAAACGUGGACCCGCGGUCGACAGCGAUACGCCAGCUCGCAGAAGAGGUCUUCAAGGUCACUGGACGCAACAAGCUCCUCGAUACGGCCCUGACGCUCGCAGACUACGCAAGGAAGAGCGAGUUCAUGAGGAAGCGUAAUCUCUACCCUAACGUCGACUUCUACUCCGGCCUUAUCUAUCAGGCUAUGGGAUUUCCCCUCGAUUUCUACCCGGUUUUGUUUGCCGUACCACGAUGUGUCGGGUGGUUGGCUCACUGGAGGCAGCAAAUGCUGAACCCCUCCGGCGUCAAGAUUUGGAGACCGCGACAGAUCUAUCUCGGCGAAGGCGAGAGGGACUAUGUUGAGGAGAACAAGAGGAAGGAGAAGGCCGCCGCUACCAUUUUCGACGCUCCUGUUGCGGUUGAGCAUGGUGGCGAUAGCAAGAGGAAUCAGCUCGCAACAUACAAGGAUGAGCGUGGUCAGUCAUGGACAAAGAGUAAGCUGUGAGGCGCCGCGGUCAGAGGUAUCCAGUGACUCUUGCCUGGAUUUUUAACACUUGCGGCUUCGGCAUUAUGCAUUAGACCAGGCCUUUCUGUAAUAAUUAAGAUUGAUAUCAUUCUGA